AUGGAUCACAAACCAGGACCUGCUCGGUCUUUCUCAGAACCCGAAUUUUAUCAUGGAACAGGCACAGAAACGCCAUAUUUGGGCCUGGAGACAAGUGCUUUCCCCUCUGGUUUAGCUUCGCCCGAUCCCUUAUUGGGACCUUCAAGCCAUGACUAUUUCGCUCUUGACCGCAGGGCAUUGGCCCGGGCUCUAGGCCAAGCCGGCGGAAGCAGUCAAAAUCAAAUUGAGAUUCAAAUGCAGACUCGGGAUAUUACCGACCGCGACAAUGAAGAGGUCCUACUAGAUCCUAUGCUAGAGCUUGGCGCCAUUCGGAGCCGUAGCGUAGCAGCAGGCGGGCAUGCCCUCGACGAAGAAGUUGGCGACACACCGGGAUCAAAUGCUCCCGGAACUUCGCAAGGUAGACCACCCGAGUUACCGAAUCUGGCGGCGGAGGUUGUCUUCGUGCUCGUGUGCACCGCCGGACAGGUCAUUUCUGCCCUAACAUACGGUCACGCGGUGGUUUCGCAGACCACGCUACGCAAUGAUUUGGGUCUACCCGCUACUCAAACCCCCUGGAUCCUCGGCUCCGCGCUGCUAGCCAGUGGACUGUCCGUUAUCACCGCAGGGUCGCUUGCGGACCUGGCUCCUCCAAAGCCCUUGAUGGUAGCGGCUUUCGCAUGGAGUGCGGCAUGGCACGGUGUAACAGCUGCUGCCAUUUCACCGCGAUUGAAGGUUUUGUUCUUCAUUGCACGCGCGAUGCAAGGACUCUCACUCGGUGUCCUUGUAUCUGCAUCCAUGAGUAUUCUGGGUCGUGUGUAUAAGCCUGGUGUUCGCAAGACGCGGGUGUUUUCGUUGAUGGCAGGAGGUGCACCGAUCGGAUUCUGGCUAGGCUGCGUGCAUGCUGGCGCAUUAAGCGCCAAUCUACCAUGGCUCUUCGGAAGUACCGCCAUCUUCUUAGGGUUUGUCACAUUGGCCGCGCAUAUGACGCUACCAGACCUGAGCCCUGCGAAGGACAGCAACGACGCGGAUGCACCCUCUCUACGGCAAUUCGACUACCUCGGCGGUGCGCUCUCGUCCGUAGGCUGCGGUCUUGUACUUUUCGGAUUGACCCAAGGGUCAUCGGCUCAAUGGAGUGCAUACACAUACUCCCUAAUCAUCGUAGGCCUCCUAAUGUUCGUCGCCUUCGCCUACGUCGAGCGAUGUGUCGCGCGUCCUUUAGUUCCCAAUGGGCUAUGGAAGACGCCUGGGUUCGCGGCUUUAUUGAUAUCGUAUUUCCUAGGAUACGGGGGUUACUCCGGGGCGUGGCAAUUCUACGCCGUUCAAUUCUGGCAACGGUACCAAGGCGCCAGCCCGCUCACUGUGGCUCUGUACAUUCUGCCUAAUGGCAUAGUCGGAGUUUUGGCUGCUUGGAUUGUGUCCAAGACGUUGCAUGUCUUCCCCGGGCACUGGAUAUUCACGGCGAGCAUGGUCAGCUUCGCCAUGGGACCUGUAUUUUUCCUGCCCCAGACGCCGAACACAUCAUAUUGGGCACUAUCGAUGCCUGGAGUGGCGCUGGCGACAUUUGGUCCCGAUCUGAGUUUCGCAGCGGCUGCCAUCUUCAUCACGUCGAGCGUACCACGAUCCUAUCAGGGCUCAGCGGGCGCACUCCUUGUCACGGCGCAGAACCUGACUUCCGCCAUUAUGACCUCGAUUUCAGACUCGAUCGGUGUGAAGAUCGACCAACUACCAACGGGCGAGAUAGGACUCCAGGGAUUAAGAGCGAUUUGGUGGUUCGGCCUUGCAUCGGCGACCAUAGGAGCUCUGAUCACGGCCACGAUGGUACGGAUCCCUAAGGCGGAGGAGAAGGAGCACGUGCAGUAA